CUGGAAGAAUGAGCUUGUCCUUCCUCCUCCUCCUCUUCCUCAGCCACCUGAUCCUCAGCGCCUGGGUUCACGGGGAGAAGCGCCUAGCCCCCAAAGGGCAACCCAGACCCGCUGCCACUGAUAGGAACCCGAGGGGCGCCAGUGGCAGGCGGAGCAGCACGACGACGUCUUCCUCCUCUUCCUCCGCUUCCUCUUCCCCAGCGGCUUCUCCCGGCAGCCAAGGCAGCGGUCUGGAGCACAGCCCUUUCCAGUGGAGCCCCUCGGGGCGCCGGACCGGCAGCCUCUACUGCAGAGUGGGCAUUGGUUUCCAUCUGCAGAUCUACCCGGAUGGCAAAGUCAACGGCUCCCACGAAGCCAAUAUGUUAAGUAUUUUGGAAAUAUUUGCUGUGUCUCAGGGGAUUGUAGGAAUACGAGGAGUUUUCAGCAACAAAUUUUUAGCGAUGUCCAAAAAAGGAAAACUCCAUGCAAGUGCCAAAUUUACAGAUGACUGCAAGUUCAGGGAGCGAUUUCAAGAAAACAGCUAUAAUACCUAUGCAUCAGCAAUAUACAGAACUGAGAAAACAGGCCGGGAGUGGUAUGUGGCCCUGAACAAAAGAGGUAAAGCUAAGCGAGGCUGCAGCCCCCGAGUUAAGCCCCAGCACAUCUCUACCCACUUUCUGCCGAGAUUCAAGCACUUGGAGCAGCCAGAACUUUCCUUCACAGUUACUGUUCCUGAGAAGAAAAAGCCACCUAAUCCAAUCAAGCCAAAGGUUCCCCUUUCCACACCUCGGAAAAGUCCCAACACAGUGAAAUACAGACUCAAGUUUCGCUUUGGAUAAUAUAUCUUGGCCUUGUGAGAAACCACGCUUCCUCCUCAGGAGUUUCUACAGGUGUCUUUAUACAGCUUUGAAGAAAAGUGUUUGGAUACAGCUUCAGCUAUACUGCACCGUAUUGAAGUCAGGUCAUUUGUUUCAGUGUGACUGAAACAAAAAUGUUUUCUAAUAGGAAAUGAACUGGAACUCUUUGUACCAAUAUAGGGACUACAGUGUUCCAGUCAGUAAAACAUAAAGCCUUUUGCUUUAUGCUUAGUGCACACUCUGUAUUUUCAGAAAGUUAAACUGUGUGUAUUGUAUUUUUCUGACUGUUACAGAUCAACCUGAAAGAACAUACAUAAUACAUUUUUACUUUUGGUUUCCAAAGAAUAUUUUG